CCCACUGCAGGCUGAGGCGGAAGUUCCUGGAGGGACAGGGGCGGUGCCGGAAGUCCGGAGCCGGCGUUAUCCGGAGGUGGGGUCGGACCGUGUUCGCUCGACAUCCACCGUUUGUUCUCAGGUUCGUUCGAGUCCUCCAGGACAUCCUUCCCCAGACGUGCAGUGUCCUUAACCCGCGUCCCACAGGUGGGAGGCGCGUGCAUUCUCACAGCCCUUUCCUUUCCCGCCGCAGGUUUCCUAGAUCCAGCAUGUCUUCCAUUUAAAUAGAUUUAAACCUAACAAUUCAACUUAAGGAAUGUUGAGGGAGUGAUUCAUUGUAUGUGGUCUCGGGUUUACCCAGGAAGCAGACUGAGGCAGAGUCUCCUUAUCCCUUCUGCCCUUGGAAUGUACAUUCUAUCCACUGUUCCUGAGCUAGGUGCUGCCUGACGGAUGCAGCCUGAGAGAGUAAUGUGUCAUUGAAACCUGGACGUUUUAGGGGCUUAUUGAUGUCAACAUGACAUUAUUGGUGUUUUCCUUGAUCGGUUGGUUAAGGUGGUGUCUGCCAGAUUUCUCCGUUAUGAAGGUUCCAUAAUAAGAAUAUCCUAGCGGCAAAGGAACACCGGAAUUGGGAGUCAGAAAGCCUGGGUUCUAGUCCUGACUGUCAGUAACUAACAGUAUGACUUUGGAGAAGGCUUUUUGAGCUCUCUGGACUCCAUUUUCCUUUUCUAUAAAACGAGAGGCUUGGAAUAAGUGGCAAGUUUUCCUUCCAGUUUGGGUAUUUGGUUUAUUGCCCCCCUCCCCAUGUGUUUUUCGAAUAUCUGCCUCAGUGAAAUAUCUGUGCUUUGGUUAAUCUCCAUGAAGGACCUUUCCUACCACUGCAUUAGUUCGUGUCCUUGUUAAAUCUGGUUUUAAACUCAUUAAAAAAAAGAAUCCCCCCCCCCCCCGCCCCCCGGAGGAAUUCUCUGCUUCCUGAGCACUCUACUUCAUCCUUUAGGGAAAUGUACCCAAAUAAGAUUGUUUAAAUGUGCCAUUCUUAAGGUGUUUAAGAAUCAUUAUACUGGAACAUUUUAGAGACGGUGAACUCCAAAGGAAGUGACUCUGGCUUAUUAAACUUUGAAUCAACAACCUCAAAUGCAGUCCCUGGAAGAUGGUGCUAAGGAAAUGUUUGCCAAGGAGAAAAGUAGUACUUCUUGUGUUCUUUUAGUUGCUCCUUCUUUUAAACACUGAAAAGCAAAGCUGUAGAACUGCAGUCUUGUGAUCAGAAGAGACAGAAGACUCAAGGAGGAAAAGACUGUACUACCGAGUUCUGAGCUAUCCUGUUGAGUUCUAUUGAGAAACAUGAACCGGAAGAUACUGAAGUUGGAGAACUUGCUACGGUUUCACACUGUUUGUAGGCGGCUGCACAGCCUGUGUCAAAGAAGAAUGUUGGCGCGGUGGAGGCAUGUGUUUUCCUCUGCUUAUGCAGUGCACACGGCUCAGCUGUACAGCCGGCCCUGGCAGACAGAUGGGCUCGUCAGGGCUGCAUUAGCUCAACGUAGGCUUCUGGUGACAAAGAAGGAAAAAAGAUCACAGAAAUCUCCAUUACCUUCAACAAAAUCUAAAAAGGAGGUGGAGGUGUGGCUUGGAAUGACUGUUGAGGAGUUGGCCAGAGCAAUGGAAAAAGACAUAGACUCUGUAUAUGAAUCUUUAAUGAACACUGCUAUUGACAUAGAUUCACUAGAAACACACUCACAUUUAGAUGAAGUCUGGAUCAAAGAAGUGAUAAAGAAGUCAGGAAUGAAGUUAAAAUGGAGCAAAUUAAAACAAGACAAAGUCAGGGAAAAUAAAGAUGCUGUAAAAAGGCCCCAGGCAGAUCCAGCUUUAUUAAUCCCAAGGUCCCCAGUUGUUACUAUAAUGGGCCAUGUUGAUCAUGGGAAAACGACGUUACUUGACAAACUGCGAAAAACUCAAGUGGCAGCAAUGGAAGCUGGAGGCAUCACUCAGCACAUUGGUGCCUUUCUUGUCUCUUUGCCCUCUGGGGAAAAGAUAACCUUUCUUGAUACUCCAGGACAUGCUGCUUUUUCAGCAAUGCGAGCCAGAGGCGCUCGGGUCACUGACAUUGUUAUAUUGGUGGUAGCUGCAGAUGAUGGAGUGAUGAAACAAACUGUAGAAUCCAUUCAGCAUGCCAAAGAUGCUCACGUUCCUAUUGUCCUUGCCAUAAACAAAUGUGACAAAGCUGAGGCGGAUCCUGAGAAAGUGAAGAAAGAACUGCUAGCCUAUGAUGUGGUGUGUGAGGAUUAUGGAGGUGACGUUCAAGCAGUGCACGUCUCUGCACUCACGGGCGAAAACAUGAUGGGUUUGGCAGAGGCAACUAUUGCUCUUGCAGAAAUGUUGGAAUUGAAAGCAGACCCUACUGGUGCAGUUGAAGGAACAGUAAUAGAAUCUUUCACAGACAAAGGAAGAGGUCCUGUUACUACAGCUAUAAUUCAAAGAGGAACUUUGAGAAAAGGCUCCAUUCUGGUUGCUGGAAAGAGUUGGGCAAAAGUACGCUUAAUGUUUGAUGAAAAUGGCAGAGCAGUCAAUGAGGCCUAUCCUAGCAUGCCAGUGGGAAUCACAGGCUGGAGAGACCUCCCUUCUGCAGGAGAUGAAAUUCUUGAAGUAGAAUCUGAGCCAAGGGCACGUGAAGUUGUUGACUGGAGAAAGUAUGAGCAAGAACAGGAGAAAAAUAAAGAGGAUUUAAGAUUAAUAGAAGAAAAGCGAAAGGAACACCAAGAAGCACAUCGGAAAGACCGCGAGAAGUAUGGCACUUUGCACUGGAAGGAGAGAUCGUAUAUAAAGUACAAAGAAAAAAGACAGCAGCAACCCUUAAAGCUGAAAGAAAAACUAGAAAGAGAUUCAAAUGUACUUCCAAUAAUUGUUAAAGGUGAUGUUGAUGGUUCUGUUGAAGCCAUUUUGAACAUUAUGGAUACCUAUGAUGCUUCACAUGAGUGUGAACUAGAAUUGGUACAUUUUGGUGUGGGUGAUAUUAGUGAAAAUGAUGUCAACCUUGCUGAAACAUUUCAUGGUGUUAUCUACGGCUUCAAUGUGAAUGCAGGCAAUGUUAUCCAGCAGUUGGCUGCAAAAAAGGGAGUAAGAAUUAAACUUCAUAAAGUCAUUUACCGUCUUAUUGAAGAUUUGCAGGAAGAACUGAGCAGCAGAUUGCCCUGCAUUGUGGAAGAGCACCCCGUCGGUGAGGCUUCUAUACUAGCUACCUUCUCUAUAACAGAAGGGAAGAAAAAAGUUCCUGUGGCUGGCUGCAGAGUCCAAAAGGGACAGAUAGAAAAGCAAAAAAAAUUUAAGUUAAUCCGCAAUGGACAUGUUAUUUGGAAGGGCUCAUUAAUCUCACUGAAACACCAUAAAGAUGAUACUUCAGUUGUCAAAACUGGAAUGGACUGUGGUCUUAGUUUGGAUGAAGAAAAGAUAGAAUUUAAAGUGGGAGAUGCUAUUGUUUGUUACGAAGAAAAAGAAGUUCCAGCCAAGACUUCUUGGGAUCCAGGAUUUUAAAAUUAUUUUAAAAAAUAUAAAUGAUUAAAUGUUUUUGUCUUA